ACACAAGACGUCUAGCAGAAGCGCGCGCACGCCGGGGAUGGCGCGUGACUCGGGCUGGCUGUGGCUCGGGGACGAGCACUGAGCGAGUUGUGAGCGGAAACUCUGGACUAUUAGACAUCACUCGGCCGGUGUGCGGGCCACGGAGCAUGGCCUCCUCCAUGGAGGUGUUCGGUGUACCGGAGGAGGAGGAAGAUUCACGUGUUCUUCGUGUAAAAGUCAUCGCAGGGAUUGGAUUGGCAAAGAAAGAUCUUUUAGGAGCAAGUGACCCAUAUGUGAAAUUGACACUUUAUGGUACAGAACAUGGAAUAGUGACCAGUGUUCAAACAAAAACUAUAAAGAAGAGCUUAAAUCCAAAGUGGAAUGAGGAAAUAUUACUCAGAGUGCACCCAAAAAAGCACAGACUUCUCUUUGAAGUAUUUGAUGAAAACCGUUUGACCAGAGAUGACUUUCUUGGUCAAGUGGAUAUUCCUCUUUACCAGUUGCCGACAGAAAAUCCCCGGUUGGAGCGACCAUAUACAUUUAAAGACUUCAUUCUUCAUCCCCGAAGUCAUAAAUCUAAAGUCAAGGGAAAUCUUAGGUUAAAAAUGACUUACUUACCGAAAAACAGUGGAUCAGAAGACGAAAAUACAGAGCAAGGCGAAGAGAUGGAGCCCGGCUGGAUUAUCUUGGACCAACCAGAUGUUUAUUGCCAGCCACAACAGCAGGAAUCUUUUCCACUACCUCCAGGCUGGGAAGAGAGACAAGAUAUCCUCGGCAGAACAUACUACGUCAGCCAUCAAUUUAAAAGAACACAGUGGCAUAGGCCUACUAUUCAGGAUGGCAAUGCUGGUCCAGAAAGUGGCAUUGUACAGUUAGAGGCACAACGUGCAUUUAGGACUCGAAGGCAAAUCUCUGAGGAAACAGAAGGUCCAGAAGUGAGAGAUUCUCCAGAGAGUUGGGAAAUUAUAACUGAAGAUGAUUCCACUGUAUAUAGCAACCACAGCACUCAACCACACUCAUUAUCUAGCCAUGACCUCCAAACUCAAGUUACUGAUGAGCUUGAUGCAAGGCUUCACAUAUCUGGGAAUACUGCCAGUGGCAGACAGAGCUCAAACAUUGUGAAUUCCAGCAGAAGAGGGAGCUUGCAAUCUUAUACGCAGGAAGAACUACCUACGUUACCAGUUUUAUUGCCUACCUCUUCUGGGUUGCCCCCUGGUUGGGAAGAAAAACAAGAUGAGAAAGGAAGGUCAUAUUACAUAGAUCACAACACAAGAACAACUACAUGGGAGAGGCCUGCUGUACAGCAGGCACCAGUGGAAGUGGCACAGGCACCCUCAAUUCAGAGCAUCCCCACCAGUCGUCAGCUUCAGAUACCAACAAAUGAAUCUUCAAAACAUUUGGUGGACCGGGAUCAGGGUUUCCUCCCCAAAGGCUGGGAAAUGCGGCAUGCACCGAAUGGAAGAGCUUUCUUCAUAAACCAUGCCACUAAAACUACUACAUGGGAAGAUCCAAGGUUGAGAAUUCCAGUUCAGCUAAGGCCAAAGCCACCCAUUGAUCUCUCAGACCUGGGACCACUACAACCUGGCUGGGAAGAACGAACACAUACGGAUGGCAGAGUCUUUUAUAUUAACCAUAGCUCAAAGAAAACGCAGUGGGAAGAUCCACGAUUACAGACUGCAGCAAUAUCUGGGCCAGCCGUGCCUUAUUCACGGGAUUACAAAAGAAAAUAUGAAUAUUUUCGGAAAAAGUUAAAGAAGCAGCUCGAUAUUCCUAAUAGGUUUGAAAUGAAGUUGCGUCGUACAGCCAUAUUUGAAGACUCCUACAGACGAAUAAUAGCCGUUAAAAGGCCAGAGUACCUUAAAGCACGACUGUGGAUUGAAUUUGACAAUGAGAAAGGCUUGGAUUAUGGAGGAGUUGCCAGAGAAUGGUUUUUCCUGAUCUCCAAAGAAAUGUUCAAUCCUUAUUAUGGCCUCUUUGAAUAUUCAGCAACUGAUAAUUAUACCUUGCAAAUAAAUCCAAAUUCUGGCUUGUGCAAUGAAGACCAUCUUUCUUAUUUCAAAUUUAUUGGCCGUGUGGCUGGGAUGGCAGUCUAUCAUGGAAAGCUGCUAGAUGGGUUCUUCAUCCGACCAUUUUAUAAAAUGAUGCUUCAAAAGGCAACAACACUAACUGACAUGGAAUCUGUGGACAGCGAGUAUCACAAUUCUCUCCAGUGGAUACUGGAAAAUGACCCUACUGAAUUAGACCUACGGUUCACUGUGGAUGAGGAACUAUUUGGACAGACUCAUCAACAUGAACUAAAGCCUGGUGGAUCUGAAAUUGUAGUCAGCAACAAGAACAAGAGAGAAUAUAUACACCUGGUCAUCCAGUGGAGAUUUGUGAACAGGGUGCAAAAGCAGAUGACUUCCAUCAAAGAGGGAUUUUUUGAACUGAUUCCCCAGGAUCUCAUUAAAAUAUUUGAUGAGAAUGAAUUGGAGCUCCUCAUGUGUGGAUUGGGAGACGUGGAUGUCAACAACUGGAGAGAAAAUACAAAGUAUAAGAAUGGUUACUCUCCUGGACAUCAAGUUAUGCAGUGGUUUUGGAAGGCAGUGCUAAUGAUGGAUGCUGAGAAGAGAAUUCGAUUGCUUCAGUUUGUCACUGGUACCUCCAGGGUACCUAUGAAUGGAUUUGCUGAGCUUUACGGCUCAAAUGGACCACAGUUGUUUACAGUUGAAAAAUGGGGCUCCCCAGAAAAGCUUCCCAGAGCACACACAUGCUUUAACCGACUGGAUUUACCUCCUUAUGAGUCUUUCGAGGACUUGUGGGAUAAGUUACACAUAGCAAUAGAAAAUACUCAAGGUUUCGAUGGGGUGGACUGAGGAUGGCUGCAAGGAGGAGCAUAAAAAGUUUUAUGUUUACAGCUGAGAAUAUUCUUUUUCCUGGGGAACCUCUGUAGUGUUAUUUUGCAGUUCUUUUUGGCUAUUCAGGUUAUUGAACAAUAUGACCAGAAAGACAUCCUGCUAUAUAAUUAAACACAGCAAGAUCCACUUUGAAAUCCUCCUGUGUCUCACCUUAUAGCAACAUUGGUUUAAUGUAACCGUUACCUCUUAGGAUAGACAACUUACACAAUCACAAAACUACUGAAGUAAAAAGCUGUGAAAAGUUUUUAAAGCAUGUGAUUGGUUAAUGACUUUGUCCCCUUCUGUGUGAGAUACAACUAUAGACAUAAAACGUUUGUACCCCAACUUAUAGGCCUUAUCAUGGCCUAUUCAUAUUUGGUCACAGCUUGUGCCAGAGUUGUUUAAACUAGCAAAGUGACCACAGGGUAUGAAU